UCCAAUUAAUAAGCCUGCGAGUUGAUGAUGGAACACAUGCCAGGUGCUCGAGAAGUGCUUCCGAGAAGCGUGCACCCAGGAUCUGGCAACAAAUCACAAAAUCCAACGGCCAAAAUUUUUGUAGAGCACCCUUCACAAAAUCGAUCCGAGCCUUCUCAAACUUCUGCCUCUCAGAAAAUCGACCAUUCAUCGAAGUGGCACUAACACAAAGCAGCUUGAAGGCAAAAACCAUCACCAUGACGGAAACUCCAACUGCUCCCGGAGGGCGGUUCAUCAUUGACGUCCGCGUCUUUAUGCUGAGCAUGACGGUGGCCAUGUGCGCUUCCUUUUUCGCAGGCGUUACCAUGGGGCCGAAUCCGGACGCCAUUACGAAUGUGAUUUUGGCCAAGAGUCCUCCUCCUCCCUUGGACUUGUCACCGGAAGUGGUGGCUCAGUCUUUGGAACAUGCUCCUGCUGGACAGCAUCUUUUGGUGGAUAUUGCCAACGUGGAAGCUGCCUUUUUGGAUUCCGAAGAACGCCUGGCAGAUGCCAUGGUCCGCACGGUCGAUGAGGCAGGCCUUACUAUGCUCAGUUAUCAUUGCCACAAACUCAUGCCCGCUGGAAUUUCCUGUGUGGGUGUCUUGAUGGAGAGUCACAUCAGUUUCCAUACUUGGCCCGAAGAAGGAGUCAUCACCUUGGAUUUGUUCACUUGUGGUCCCAAUCCUCUACUGCCAGCUGCAGUGGAAACCAUGGAACGUCUCUUUGGUAUUCAACGUUCGGCCGACGAGGAAGUUCGUGUCAAGUGGUCUCACGAAUUGCGUGGAUUCCGACCCGAUGAUUAUUCCAAGUCCAACAAUAAUGUCGUGGACAGUUACUCGGAUUUGAGUUAUAUGGUCCACAGUCCUUUGGAUGUCUACUCCAAAGAACAAGUCUACAGCAACCUGACUGCCUUUCAUCGAGUCGAUAUUUGGGAUGUGGUGGAGCUGGAUGAUUCCCCGUCUCACGCGGACGGUAUCAAACAUGGUCUCGAGGCGGGAGAUCCUCGGUGGGAAACCCCAGAACUGACAUCUCCGGAACGAUCUGUCUUUCUCAAUGGAUACUUGAUUCGUGGUCUGCACAACGACAGGGAAGUGCACGAGGCGCUGGUUCAUCCUUCCAUGUUUGCUCAUCCCAAUCCACAGCAUGUUGCCAUUAUUGGAGGACGUGAAGGUGGAGCUUUGCGAGAAGUUCUCAAGCACAAAACGGUGGAGUCUGCCCUUCUCGUGGAACAGGAUGAAGAGCUGGUCAAGAUUUCCAGAAAGUACUUUCCCGAAAUGUCCGAUUGCUCUGAUUUGGUGGGACGUGCCAAUGACUGUUUCGAAGACGAUCAUGUGGCGGUCAGCCACGCGGAUCCCCAGGAUUACUUUGUCAAGAAUUACGGCACACCCACCGGGGCUGGAAAGCUUGAUGUUCUGAUUGUGGACGAAAAGCACCCCCGGCAUUUCCCAGAAUUUUACACCAACCAAGAGUUCAUCUCCUCCUUGGUCAAGUCGUUGUCUCCGGAAGGUGUCAUGGUCAUCAAUGCUGGUAUGGCUCCUGACGUUGAUGAUCCUCGUGCGGAUAAGGGUGUCUACCAUGUGAGAGAACAAUUGAUGAGGCAGUUGGAAUCUCAUCCAGAUGUUGGAGCCAUGUUGGUCUAUGAAGAAUCCCGUGUCGCCUUCAACGACCCCUGUGCUUUUCUGGUGGUGUGCAGGUCGGCCAGUUGCCGAAGUCGUUGGUAUGCUCGCAGUGAUCAAGUGGAUUUCAGCAUCUACGAACGAAUUGUUCGCACCAACUCCAAGGAGCGAGCCCUAUCUUACUAUGACGGAACUUCCCAGUUUUCGUACUCCUUGCCACCUAAAGCCUGGGAGACUGUUUACUGUCGCCGCGAACCUACUCCCUUUGAGUGUGCUUACCUUCAUUUGGACCCCAAGAAGGAGCUCCAUGAUUUGAAUGUGGAAGAUGCAUCCAAGAGCUCGUUCCGUUUGGAAUCCAAAGAAUCCAAUGUCGAAGGAGUAGAAGACGAGACCUUUGUCUACGCUACGGUUGAUAUCCCUGCGGGAUCCUACAUCAUGCCCAAGCAUUUGGCUAGCUCCAUGGUGGUCACCAAACGCAACUUGGAGGGGCUUGAGAAUAGUUUGGACGUUGGUGGCGGUCCUGUGGCAGUUAUUGAAGACCUCUUGGAGUUUAUUGGUGAGCACGGCCAUGCCAGCCAUACCGAGGGAUCGGCUGUUCAUUACGUCGAAAUUGGAGGAUCAGUCCUGAUCCGCAGAGUUGGCACUCAAGAGGAAGCCAAUGUAGGACGCUGGGUGCCACCCCAUCCAUCCGGUCGCCCUCCAGUGUUUUCCCCCGUCUACGAGCGCCAUCGCAUGAGCUUUGAUGUCUUUAUUGUGGCCACCAAGGAUAUCCCAGCAGGAACCGAGUUAUUGCGCUACAAAGGCUUGUGGGAAGACAAUUAGUUAGUCUUUGGGACCUAACCUUUUGCUCAUGGUCAGUAAACCAAUAGGAGCAGGAUCUUUCGUUUGCUAGUUUCUGAGGGGCUAGUGCGAGAAAUGUGGG